UAGUGAAUUAAAUUGUGAACUUUACUAUUAUUUAUUUAUUUAUUUUUAAAAUAAUUUAUUUUUAUAUAUUUAUUACUAUUAAUGUACUAUUAAACGUACAUUUAGUUUAGAGACGACGUAAAAUACCCAUACGUAUUUUUUACGUAACUUUCCCGUAUCGUAUUUUACUAACUAUGCUUACUAGUAUACUUACCAAAAACCCUUGUCAUGCCAGAGUCAACCGAGCAGUCACCUACGAGUAACAAAUGAGAGUGACAACAAUUGUAAUAACCCAAUCAUCCAUCUACUCAGGUGCAGAUAAACACCCUCGCAAAGUAUUGGUGGGCCUGAAUGAAGAGCCAAGGCCCAAUAUCGUGAUAAUGUUCUAUCACAUUUCCCAAGCCCUACCAUACCAGUCCACAUAGGCUACAUGAACAUUGUGACAGAUUCUGACAUCAUCUCGUGUCAUCUUCCCUUGAUCUGCAGGACAUUGUUGACCCUACUUAGUACGGUAAUCACUGAAAUUAAGAAUGAAUAACUACAUAGUCAGAGUAGAGUGGGGGCUGCAAAGCUCAUAUGGAAUAGAUGGCUAAAAGCCCUAUAUCGUGCACCAAGUUGCCAAGAAAGGAUCAUUAAUUAGUUAAUUACAGAUUAGAGAGAAGUAUUACAAUAUACAUACAUGAACAUGACAGGCUUUAGCUAGUCAGUCUUAUACAACUGCAAAUUGUAUUAACAGACCCACUAAUCUAAUCCGUUUGCUUAAAAAUUAAAAUCCUUAAUCCUAGAGAGAGAGAGAGAAAGUGAGGACAGGGUGGCAGAGUAAAGGAAGGGCCAAGUCAACCCUUUCUCACUGUUGUCCUCUUGCAAGUUGAUGGGUUUUGCAGAGAGCCAGAGACCUUCAAUAAAUUUUACCUCAGCAACCAACUAACAAUUAAACAACCGCUUCAGCUCAUAAAGAUCCAAAGAAACAAACGCCACCAGCCAAGAGCCCGGCCGUCUAGAAAGCUUUGUCCUUUUCCCCUCCUUUCCUUGGAUUUUACUCUGUUUUUUCCCCCCCACUUGUAUAUCAUUAACCUCUUAAUCCGGUCAAAGUAUGCGACUGGGAAAGGGCCAUGUACUCAUGUUCAUAUGCGGUGAUGAAAGACAGCUUAUCUUUAUAUGAUGAUUUUGGAUUUCCCCACCCCCAAUAUAUGAGAAAAGGGCUCACCUUUCCAAUUUUCCGCUUUCACACUAACAUUCCACCUCCCUCUCUAUCUUCUCCCCCCUCACGGACUUCUCUUCUUUCUUCCUCUGCCCUGCUUCUGGAAAGCUGGGAAACUUUCCUGAGUUGGGCUCCUUCCUUUCCUGCAGCUGGGAAAACAGUUGAUCUCUUCAUUCUUUCUGUUUCCGGGAAGCUUGGUUGUGUUCAUUUCAUGGGUUCCUGCUUUAGUUCGGGAAUCAAAGCUGGCAACCCCUUCUUUAAUGGGUCGAGGAAAGAUUUGAGCGGGUCGACGAGCAAGGUAUCAUCGUCAGCUGGGGCAGUGCCUACUACCCCGAGAACAGAAGGCGAGAUCUUGCUAGCUACAAACUUGAAGAGCUUUACCUUCGGCGAUCUCAAGGCGGCGACUCGAAACUUCCGCCCCGACAGUUUGUUGGGUGAAGGCGGGUUUGGGUGUGUCUUCAAAGGAUGGGUCGACGAGAAUUCACUCACGGCUGUAAGGCCUGGGACUGGGAUGGUUAUUGCCGUCAAGCGGCUUAACCAAGAGAGCUAUCAGGGCCACCAGGAAUGGCUGGCGGAAAUCAACUACCUGGGGCUGCUGUACCAUCCAAACCUGGUGAAAUUGAUCGGUUACUGUAUUGAAGAUGAACACCGGCUUUUGGUGUACGAGUUCAUGCCUAAGGGUAGCCUGGAGAAUCAUCUCUUCAGAAGGGCUUCUUAUUUCCAACCUUUGUCCUGGAACCUGCGUAUGAAGGUUGCAGCUGAUGCUGCCAAAGGACUAGCAUUCCUUCACAGUGAUAAGGCCAAAGUGAUAUACCGGGACUUCAAGACUUCCAACAUCCUUCUCGAUUCGAGCUACAAUGCUAAGCUCUCGGAUUUCGGGUUAGCCAAGGACGGUCCAACGGGGAGUAAGAGCCACGUCUCUACAAGAGUCAUGGGCACAUAUGGCUAUGCAGCUCCUGAGUACAUGGCCACAGGCCAUCUUACAUCGAAGAGCGAUGUGUAUAGCUUUGGGGUGGUCCUGCUGGAGAUAAUCUCGGGCAGGAGAGCCAUAGACAAGAACAGGCCGUCAAGGGAGAAGAGCCUCGUGGAAUGGGCGAGGCCUUACUUGGGUAGCAAGCGAAAGAUCUUCCAAGUGAUGGAUGCAAGGAUCGAAGGGCAGUACACUGUGAGCUGCGCGCUGAAAGUGGCGACUCUAGCAGUGAGAUGCUUGUCAGCAGAGCCCAAGUACAGACCCAACAUGGCUGAAGUGUUGACAAUUUUGGAGCAGAUUCAUCACGAGUGCAGUAGUACCAGUCGUAGUAGUAAUGAGGGCGAAUUAACAAGAGGAUCGAGACCGCAAGAAGCACGAGUACUCAACAAUGGUGGUGGGAAGCCGAGAAGGAAGGUGACCAAUGGAGUUCAUGUUGUUGGUAAUGGAAGGGCUCCUUCUUCCCCCAGACCAUCUGCUUCACCUCUCCGUGCAUAGAAGGGAAUGUGCCGAAUGUGCAUUGUUUGCUUUGGAGUUUUGGGAAGCUUGUCUGUUGUAUAUCCGAGGAUGUACAGGUUUGAAGCCGGAUAUCAUUGUACAGCUUUUGCAUUCUUCUUUCGCUUCCUCCAAUGUCAACUGGGUUUUGACAUGUUCUUGACUGGAAACUGCUGUAACUGCAGAGUGGUUCAUGAAUCAUGUUAUCAUCACUUCUCCUGUUAUGUGGUUUGUUACUUGAUUUCUCCAUCAUAGUAUAGAUGAGAUGAUCCAUCGAAGACAAUGAUGAAAGAACCAUCAAAGAAGACAAACGUUGGUGAAGAAUCCUGUCUUGGAAAUGGAUCCUUGAGAUCCACUAGGUUUCUAGUUAACAUACUAUGUUAGUUUUAUUUUAUAUUAAGCAAAAACUACAAGAAGAUACAGGUGGCGCUGGACUUGUUGAACUCACCCUCGCCGGCCGGCCCAGAUCUGUCACAAUCGAAUCUACAUGAGAUUGUUGGCUUGAUAGUUUUGGAUUUUUCAUCUGGGCCGCAUUCAUUUCGCAGCUUCUGCCUGUUUCAGUGUUUCCUUUCCCCUUCCACAAAGCUUUGCAUUUAUGGCCAAUACUAUGGUGCCGCGGUAAAAAGUGCGGCACCAGUAACGCACAUUUUGAUUGGACCACAUGGAUUGUGAUGUGGCAUGAGUUGGAUUGAAUAAAUCCCACUCAAACCCGUUGGUCACAAGACCUUAACAAACCGAAUCUAGCAAAACAGACGUCAAAAAUAACCUCGUUUUCACAGUUCACCCAAACCCAAGUCGUCUUCCUUGAUCUCUAGUUUUAGUAAAAUAUAGAAAAUUAGAAAUUAACGAACUAAUGAUAAUGGUGAUGAUGAUGAUCUUGUUGGAGUACUAGGGUCUAGGCUUCAAGGGGGUUGUGACAAGAGAUAUUUGGGCUCAUUUAUAGGCGCCACAAGCCGAACUAAGAACACAUCGGAAAACCAAUUUAUUCGGGCCCAAAUCGAUAAUGGGCCGGACCAACGGUAGAGUAAGGCUUUAUUAUUGUCCUGGGUGCGGAUACUAUAACAACACAAUAAGUGUUGUUAUAGUAACAUCAAGGGUAAAUAUGUCAAACCAACAAAAAAACAAAAAAAUAAAUAAAAAACACUAAUUCUAAACACCACACGCGUUCUCUUAUCCCUCUUCUCUCCCACCGAUCUGCAACCCCACUGCCGCCAGUAUUCAUUCUCGCCUUUGCCGGAAACGGAUUUAUCGACGGCGAGAUCGGUGGCGCUGCUCCUCCUCCCUUCCGGCCGGAAAAUAUCUGGUCAUUUCUCUCGUUUCGCUUCCUAUUCGCCUCAAUUUCACCGGAGAUUGGACAUGUGAAUCUCAAUUACUUUCGAUAACCUAACCGUCGUCUGCUGCGCGAUUCGUCUUCUUUGCUUCUGUUCCAGAUUAUCCAUGGCGGCGUACAACAACACCUCGGCUUCUGAUCGGCAGCUACGGCGGCGAGGAGGGAAACCGAAUGUUGUGUCUCUGCGUAUGAGUUGUCGAAGUAGUAGUAGUCAUCUUCUUUCCCGAGAUGACCUUUUCACUGUUGUGGACAUCGCUGGACGUGGUGUUCUUCGGGAAGCCGUCGGUGAUCAGAGCCGUUCAGGGAUGAUGACGGGGCUCGUUUGUAUCACUCCCGACGCAGGUUGGUUUGGAAUUUCUGAGACCCGCUGGAUUCCCCUCAUCUGGGAGGAAAGAGUUUUUGUUGUGUCAAUUACCUGAACAGAAGGGGUACUCAUGAUUUCGAAUUGUUGUUGCCUCGAGAGUUUCGGAUCAAUGUAGCCAUACAACUGGUCAACGAAAGUUGAUUCCAUGGAUUUGAGAUAAAGCCUAUGCUCCUCA